CUCUCUCUCCCUCCCUCUCUCUGUGCCCAGCAGGGAUCGGGCGUGCGCUACUCUCCCCUGGACCUGGCGUUAUAUAUCUACAAGACGGGGGACGAGGAGCGGGUCACGCUGGCCAUCCAGGAGCUCAUCGCUGAGGGCCUGAUGACGGCAGAGGAAGCGCUGAGUUACCUUCACAGCAUCCGGGAACACUUGCGCUACCUCACCCAGCAGGACGCCGACGAAGAGAAGAUGGAGUCCCAGGCAGAUCUAGCAGCCGUGGUUAAGAAGAACAGCCUGCCUCUGCCUCUGACGGAGAUGAACCUGGGGGACCCCGAGGGCAUGUUGGCGCCGGAGCCUGACUAUGAGGGCCUGAUGGAGCGCUUGCGUGGCCAAGACGACCAGUAUACGCAGUACUCGCUGGAGGAAGUCAUCUACCAGCUGGCCAAGAUCAUCUUUAAGCAGGCCAUGCACAGAGGUGGGGACGAGGGGUCAGAGCGCGCCCUGCAGGAGGUGGCGGCGCUGCUGGAGAAGGAGGUGGCGAGGGGCGCAAUCUCCCCGCAGGUGGAGAAGAAACUGCUGGACGUGAUGGUGAACUCUUUAGUGGACAGUUUGGGCGAGUCUGAACUCCCUGCUGCUCCUGGCCCUGUGAUUGGCGGCUCGAGCUUUAGGCUGUCCAGUGAGGCUUCUUUCCCGAUGCGCGCCUCUUCCGUGAUGGGCGGGUCUGCAAUGAAGCCCAUCAGUAGUUUGUUCCAAGCCUCCAAAGCAACGACGAAGAGAGAGGCGCCUGUGGACAAGAGCGUGGCGGGCCAGAAGACUGAGUAGGGAGGCGGCUCGGAGCUCUGCGUGACGCAGCCCAGCCUUCAAGGAUAACACCUCUUUUCUGUGGCCGCUUGACGAUCUCGACAUAGUAUCUUCACGUGUGGCUAACGGGAUGAAGGCCUCACCGCCCUCCUCUGCACACAACACUGCCCCCGCUGACAGCCCCUGAUAGUCUCUGAUAGUCCCUGCUCGUCCGGGUCUUGUGUGCUGCAGUGGUGCCAAUUGAAUCUUCUUGUUGUGCUGCUGUCUUACAAAAUAGCCCUAAUGUGUACAAGAAAUUAUACACAACUCUCUCUCUCUCUCUCUCUCUCUCUCUCUCUCUCUCUCUCUCUCUCUCUCUCUCUCUCUCUCUCUCUCUCUCUCUCUCUCUCUCUCUCUCUCUCUCUCUCUCUUUGGGUGUGUUGUUUGCAGGAGCGAGGUUCCAAAGGCGUCUCUUUCACGGCCAUCAGUUUUAUUCUGAACUAUAUAUUCCAUAAACAUAUCUUACCUUUACAUUAUACCCCGUGUGAGUGUGUGUCGGUGUGCCUGUACUAUAUCAAGACGGUGUAAACACGUGCAUUACUUCCUUCAUCACUACGAUAAACGUACGUAAUUUACCUCUCCGAGUCUUGGCCCCAAGUAUUCUGUGUAUUCACUCUGUUCUACUUGUGUGGGAGACUUCAUCAUUCUUCCUUACUUGUCACCUCUUAGCUACUGAAAUGGUUAUAGUCAUCUUGAAUAUUUCUGUGAGUUCAAUUGUACGAUUUCUCUCUCUCUCUCUCUCUCUCUCUCUCUCUCUCUCUCUCUCUCUCUCUCUCUCUCUCUCUCUCUCUCUCUCUCUCUCUCUCUCUCUCUCUCUGUCUGUCUGUCUGUCUGUCUGUCUUGUGUCUAAUGUACUAGAAGGCACUCUUUAUCCCUUAAUGUCGCGCCGUUGUAUUCCCGGCUAUGUAAAGGACCGUAUACUGAAACACUUCUGCGUCGCACCUCCACUACUUUUAAAAGGGUCUAGUUAAAGUUAUACGGGUUCUUAAGGGUAUUUUAUGGUUUUAAUGACAGAUUAACAAGAUUUCUACAUUAUUAACAGGAUAAACACUCUUGAGAACUAGGCCUUUGAAAAUAGUCGUGGUGAGAGAGUAGAGAGUUUCAGAAUUCGCGCCACAGACCCCACAGUGCAGUAAUGGCUCACAACUCUCCUGUUCGCUCCUUUAAUCCAGAUAAUUGUUAGGCACGGCAGUCCGGCGCGCCUCUGCUCCCUGCCAGUGCAGUACACCUGGCAGCUUUGUGGUCCUCCCGUCACUUGCGUCGCUCGUAAUGAACCCAUAGUUUUGGGACCAUAUUCUGAAACACUUCCUCGCCGCACUUCCACUAUCAAAACGCUCUUGUUGAAGUGACACUGGUUUUCAAGGAUGUUUCUAUGGUUCCAGUGACAUAUUAACAAGAUUUCUAUAUCAUGAACAUGAGAAACACUUACGAACCGCGCUGAUCAUCUCUGCGGCUUUUGAGAAUAGUCGGAGUGAGAGCGAAGUGUUUCAGAAUACGGGUCCUGGAGCUGCUCGCCAGCAGCUACCUUGAGCGGCGAUAUGGGACAGCGGGUGACAGUGAUCAUGUUUUCAUGGUUACGUUUCUGCAUCUUGAGGCGACCCUUCAGUAUUGGCUGCCUGUCCCUGUCCUGAUCCUCACUCUUGUCCCGGGACCACAUUUUGAAACAUUUCUGCAUCGCACCUCCACUACUCUCAAAAGGCUCUAGCUGAUAUUACAAGGAUUUUCAAGUGUUCUACGGUUCUAGUGACAGAUUAACAAGAUUUCUACAUUACUAACAGGAGAGACACUCUUGAGAACCCAUCUAAUAAUCUCUGUGGCCUUUGGAAACAGUCGUGGAGACAGAGCGGGAAGAUUUUCAGAACACUGGUCCUGGUGGUUGCAAAGCCGGGCGGUCCGCGUGACGAGCGGCAUAGUGAUGCAGUCCCCGUAGUCUCCUCGGCAUCCUGGCCUGGCUGAUGCCUGCACACUCACUGUCAGGAUAUACGUAUAUAUGAUUCCCUCGAUCACUUAUGAAGCUUGUAGCAAUAGUGUAGUCGUGCCCGCAGCACCUUUUGGUGGGAUAGGCUGGUGCACUACGCCUGGCCUCCUGACAAGGGUCAGGGUGCGGCCUGUUUUAGUGUGAGCAGCACAGUAGUGACCUGCGGUGUCUCCGCUCCUCCCCAUCACUCCCUGGCUUUGCAUGGCCCCUGCCUCUCCUGUUGGCUGGAAUAGUGUGUUAGUCUCUGCCUUGCUCGAGGGUCGCCCAGAUGACCGUGAAGGCAUCAUUACUCUGCCGCGGGGGAACCUCAAGGCGCCGCACAGUUCGGAUCCCCUGACUCAGGUGGGCUGGAACAGGGGUAAAUUUUACGAACUUGUUACAAAGUCACCGAGUGAGCCGUGGUGACUCGAGGAUUGGUGAGAAGCACGGGAGUGUUCUGGCCAAACAACAAAGGCGGCCGUACAAUUUAUCACAUCAGAUUGAAUCCAUGGAAGCAAAAGCGUGACGCGUCUCAGCGCCCUGGCGGAAUGUAUGGCUGAAUGAAGAAGGAAGGAGGGACGUCCACCCCUCAGUCACGAAGCUUUGUAAUUAUUUCCUUGUUUUCCUAUUUCCCCAGAAGUCAUGAGCCAGUGGCGUGGUUUUUAAGUAAUGCAUGUCUUAAUUUUUCAUGCUUAAUUGAUUACGCUUUUGAAGUUCAGUUUAAUUAUUUCCGUGUAUUUUUUAUUAUCACCAUCAUUAUUAUUAUUGUUAUUAUUAUUAUCAUCAAUCAUCAUCGUCAUGAGCAUCAAGGUCAUCAUCAUUAUUCUUUUCUCUUUAUUUACGAUGACUUUACUUAUGAAUUGAGUUCGAGUAGCGAGGAAAAUAUUGGCCGGUGGUCACUAUUUGUUUCCUGCCGCUGAGUGAUGACGAGGGUAAAGAUGAGAGUGAAGUGAUGAUGAUGAGUCGAGGGUGACCAGAGAGUGAGGGUAAAGUGCAGUGAGAAUGAGGGUGAGAUGAAGGUAGGGUGAGGUAAGGUGAGGACGAGUUAAGAAUAAGGUGAGGGUGAAGUGAGGGGAGAUAAGAGUUAGAUGAGGUGAAGACGAGGAUGAGUGAGGGGGAGGUGAUGAUGGUGAGGAUAAGGGUGAUGUGAGAGCUUUUUAUAAAAUCUACGUCCAUUUGUUUUUAUCUAUCUAUUCAUUUACUUAUGGAAAGAUUGAAGGAAUGUUAGGAGGGAGGUAUAGGGCAAGAGAAGGAUGAGGAAGAGGAAGUACGUGCAGUAGGAGGAGAAACUUGCCUGAGGGACACAUGAUCAUUAGACAACACGCUGGCGGAGGCGAUGGUGGUGCUCUGUUAGCGGCCACCCCACAGACUGGCUGGCGGCGUGGCAGCGUGGCGGUGGCUGGGGUGAGGCGAGCAGGCCCGUGCAGGUGUUGUGUUGGCCAGAGCCAGUUCAUGCAGACCUCUAUUUUCUCAUAAUAAAUAUGCGAUAUUCAAAA